UAUUGGAAAAAUCGGACGCAUUCUUUUAGAAUAUAUUCUGAAUAAAACGCCGACUGUUAUACGAUGCAUCUGAAUAGAAGUCUUCGAUUAUUGGAUCAUUUUCUUUCUCACCGGUAUAAAAGAGCAGCAGUAAAUGAAAUCAGACCAUCGAUAUUGUUGAGCUAGUUGACGAAAUUUCACCACAACAGAUGGCGAUUUUUGAGAGCUUUGGAACCUUACACUUGCUAAUUUGUUACUCUAAGCAGGACAUUCUCAUAUUGGCAAGAACUUGGUGAAACAUUCAAGAUGGAGUUUAGGUAUAAAGGCUGGUUGUGCUCCAUACCUAUUAUGUUGGCAGAGCUAAUAUUCUUCGUAUACAAGACCGGAGAGUCUAUGCUAGACGCCACCAUCAGACCGUACAUUAUCCGUGUCGUCUGUCAUUCAAGAUUCCCGACGAACGACUCAUUGUGUCGGAAUUUAGAUGCAUUUCCGGUCCUUGAGGAUGAGAUCCAAUCAGAAGCGGGCAAUUAUCUCAUUUAUUAUCGGAUGUUGGUCAACUUUCCCGCCAUAUUUUUGGGACUCUUUUGUGGCGCGUGGAGUGACAAAUAUGGACGAAAGAUUCCGAUGAUGUUGCCAAGUCUAGGCAGCGUAUUUUCAGUUUUGAUGUACAUGAUGAGUUUAGCGUCGCCUGAUCAUGCUAUAGUAUUUGUACUUUUGGGGGCCCUCGUGCAAGGUUCGUUUGGAAAAAGUUCGGUGAUUACAAUGGCGGUUAACAGUUAUGCAUCUGACAUCACUGAUAAAGACGACAGAACACGGAAGCUCGGUAAACUUUUAGCCAUGAACUUUUUUGGAUUAUUUGCAGGUGCCCUUUUGGCGGGAAUCUUUCAAGACACCUCUGAUAUUCCCGCUACAUUCUGCACCGUCGUAUUUUUACAUGCAGUGGUGGUUUUGAUAACAAUUAUAUGCAUGCCAGAAACUGUACCACUACAAGUUGAAAGGUCUGAUGCUGAAAUAUCCAAAGGUCGAGGUCGAAAAACCUUCAUCUGCGACAAUAUUAGAGAAUCAUUAAGUGUGCUUGGCAGGAAACGGACAAAUCAUGGCCGAAAGCUUAUUUUGAUACUUUUUAUGAUAUCUCUGUUGAAUCAAACUUGUAAGGUCGGAGAAACGGACAUUACCUUGCUGUUCGUAACCCACAGUCCACUGAGCUGGCCGAAGUCAUGGUAUGGGUACUUGUUGUCGGUAGAUUACGCUGUGAUGGGCGUGUGUCUAAUAGUUGUCUUACCAAUUCUUUCUAAUAUAUUGAAUAUGCCAGACGGUGCAAUAGUAAUAGUUGGUUUGCUGUGUAAAAUAAUCCGUCUUUUCUGGGCGGGUUUUAUCCAAGAAUCUUGGAUGGUUUAUGUGUCGGUCAUAAUAGGAUCGUUUGCGGGAAUGAUAACUUCGGCAAUUCGAUCCCUGAUGAGCAAAUCUGUCGAGGAAAACGAAAUGGGGAAAAUGUUUUCGCUCCUUGCUAGCGCCGAGACCGCAUCCAAGCUUCUUGGUACAGUGAUAUUUGUGAGUCUAUACGGUGCGACGGCAUUUUUCUUCCCCGGAUUCGCGUACAUAAUAGAGGCAAUUUUAUACAUGAUUAUGCUAAUGAUAAUGGUUUUAUAUUAUAAGGACUUAAAGAAGAUUGGGACCUACGAUUUGAUUUCUGCUUUUACUGAUUCUAAUAUCUAUCGAAGUGAAAAGCAAGGAUUAUUACCUUGUAAGCAGCUGGAAGUUGUAGAUGAAUUAGAAGAGGAUCCUUCUGUACCAACACCGCUUCCGGCGUAUACACCGUAAACAACUGUAGGUCAAAAUUAUUAUAAAUUUGUCACAAGAUACUGACAUCUUGUAUGAAUUGAUAAAACCAAAUGUUAUUUGUUCAGCAUUAAAAUGUUUGGCA